GCCCUGGCCCUGCUCCCCUGCGGCCUGGGCAUGGCCUUCUCGCAGUCCCACGUGAUGGCCGCCCGGCGGCACCAGCACAGCAGGCUGCUGAUCGAGGUGGACGAGUACAGCUCCAACCCCACUCAGGCCUUCACCUUCUACAACAUCAACCAGGGCCGCUUCCAGCCUCCGCACGUGCAGAUGGUGGACCCGGUGCCGCAUGAUGCCCCCAAGCCACCUGGCUACACACGCUUCGUCUGUGUCUCCGACACCCACUCCAGGACGGACCCCAUCCAGAUGCCCUAUGGCGACGUGCUGAUCCACGCUGGGGACUUCACGGAGCUGGGGCUCCCAAGCGAGGUGAAGAAAUUCAACGAAUGGCUGGGCAGCCUGCCCUACGAGUACAAGAUUGUGAUCGCCGGCAACCACGAGCUGACCUUUGACCAGGAGUUCAUGGCCGACCUCAUCAAGCAGGACUUCUACUACUUCCCAUCCGUGUCAAAGCUGAAGCCGGAGAACUAUGAGAAUGUGCAGUCCUUGCUGACCAACUGCAUCUACCUGCAGGACUCGGAGGUCACGGUGCGGGGAUUCCGGGUCUACGGCUCCCCAUGGCAGCCCUGGUUUUAUGGAUGGGGCUUCAAUCUGCCUCGAGGCCAGGCCCUGCUGGAGAAGUGGAACCUCAUCCCCGAGGGUGUGGACGUCCUGAUCACCCAUGGACCGCCGCUGGGCUUCCUGGACUGGGUCCCCAAGAAGAUGCAGCGGGUGGGCUGCGUGGAGCUGCUCAACACCGUGCAGAGGCGCGUCCAGCCGCGGCUGCAUGUCUUCGGCCACAUCCACGAAGGCUACGGGGUCAUGGCGGAUGGGACGACCACCUAUGUGAACGCGUCCGCCUGCACUGUGAACUACCAGCCCGUGAAUCCGCCCAUAGUCAUCGACUUGCCCACGCCCCGGAACUCCUGACUGUCUCCCGCUGCCCUGGCGCUGCCCGCCGGCAUCAGCUGUGUCGCCUGGCCGAGCGCACGGAUCCCCUGCCACGCUCCCCUCUGCGCAGAACAACCUAGACACCCCGCCUGGCCGCGGACACCAGCCCCGCGACGGGUCGAGGCCUGGAAUGAAGGAAAUCAAUCCCCUUUGACCUUCAGCCUCCACCGCCUGCCAUCGGGCCGAGUGGCCCCAGUAGGGCGUGCGCUCAUUGCUGUUUCUGCCUGCACAUCCGUGAGGACCUCACUGAAGGGCUCAUGGCCUCUCCCGCUCGGCAAUCGCCUGGAUGCUCACCCCGCCCGGCUGGACACCGCUUGCUUUGGAAGCUGCUUCUCUCGGACAGGGUCUGGAAAUGGUUGCACAAAAUGUCUCUGUGUCCCGGGGUGCGAGGCAUGGUGAGAGUUUUGCAGCUUGGGCCGGGCAGCCCUUUCUCUCCUGCUGGGCGCCCAUGGCUGAGCCCUCUGAGGGAGUCGGGGACAUCUCAGGAAUUUGGGCCACACCUGGUAGGCCCCACAGAGGUUGGCCUUGCUCUUCCCCUUUUUUUCUUCCUGUAGACAUAUUUGCUGAUGUGACAGUGGCCCGAGCGUCCCAGGCGUUUAUUUGCCCAGAGCCUGGAUUUGGGCGGUUGGUCCCACGCAAUGAGCCCUCUUAGUGCCCAGAGCCCGCUGGAGGGCUGCACGUCAUGGUGGAUGGUGCCUGGUCCCAUGGGGACCACCUGCUCUGCGGACAAGCAGCCGGGAGGGUCUGUGGACCAAGGCUGUGGCGCCACCUGUCACAUGCCUGCACCCACGUGCACAUACCCUCUAAGUACCGUGGGAAGCACCCGCACCUCUCGUUCCUGUUCCGUGGCAGAGUUCCCCUCCUCGGUGUGACCCUCCUGGAGAACCGGUGACAGGCAGCCCUGGGCUCCUACAGCUACACCCUGGGCAGCUUCCUUUUCAGGGGCUGGGCUCUAGGGGGAAGGAACCAGUGGGGAUGUGUGAGUAGGAGGCAGGAGGCAGGGGCAGGACGGGCAAGGGCAGAGUCUGUCUUUAUUUAAAAUGUUGAUAUUUUGUCACUUUUACAUUCAUUUUGAUUUUAACAUUGCAUUAAAAUAGUCUUCUAUCUGUCCCGAUUACUGAUGUUUUUGCACCCUCUUUAUCUGGGUAGGGAGCAGGGCUUCGCUCCUUGUCCUGGGAAACAGGACAUGUGCCCUUCCAUGUGCCCUUUAAAAUCUCUUUUCAUCCUCUGACAGUUGUGUGAGGUUGGUACUGUUGUUCUCAUUUUGGAGAGGAGGCAGCGGAGGCCAGAGAAGCAUAGUAAUUUGCCUGAAGGCACAAAAGGGAUGGAGGCAGAAUUUGAACCUUGGUCUCUGGCCUCAGAAGAGCCCUUAUUCUAGUGUUCUCUUCCCUGCAGAACAGUACAUGGUCCAGGACCCUUUAUGUCUUGUUUUUGGAGGGUCCUAUUCAAAAGCAGCUCUGGUUCCUCGAACUCUAAGGAGUCCUGAACUCUGAGCCCAGCAUCCUUGCACCCUGGAGACUGGGAUUUACCCCUGACUUGAGUGAGCCAGGUCACACAUUCCUGGGAGCCAGGCUGCAGUGCCGUGUUGGCCAGGGAUCCGGCUGGGCACCUUCACAAGGUCUCUAAGGCGAUACAGAUACACUCUGAGUAUGGGGUAGAGAAAACACAGGACUCUUCGUGUUGCCUCUGCUCGAUUUCUAUGCGGACCAAGAACUAUAAACUUUAAAGAAUAAAAUCUUUUUCCUAAGGUAUCUUCAGAAUAUGGUGUAUUUUUAUGUGGAAAAGAAAAGCUAUGAAGGCAGCUGUUACUUUAAGAGAAAAUUCAUUAAAAGUCCUUGAGGUAUGAAAGAUGACGGCGUGCUCCUCAAUCAUUUUGGCAUAACUCGAUUGUGGCUGUAAUUUUUUUUUUUUUUUUGUCAAG